AUGUUGCAGCAGGACAGUAAUGAUGACACUGAAGAUGUUUCACCCUUCAAUGCAGAAGAGAAGACAACCAAUAGACCAAAAAAAAUUAGAUACCCAAUAGCAUAAUUUUUCUGUUUACUCUUUUGAGACCAUGCAGUUAUAAUCCAUCUCUGUGAAUUGCUCAGCAGCAGUUAUACUGCCUGGAUGGUGACAGUUCUCUUGUUGCCAUGUGAUUUGGGGGCAGUGAAGACUGUCACAGGUAGAUUAAUGAUGGACCUGCAUUGGUGGAAUCAUACUGAUGAAGAUGAGAAGAACCACUGGGUGUCCAGGAAGAGCCACUGGGAGUGCAGGAAGGCAUCCCCUCAAGAUAACAAAACUGUCUCAGAGGCUGAAUUAAGGAUCUUUUGGUUGGGAUUUAUUGCCUGUUCAGUGCUGUGGGUGGUAAUUGCCUUUAGUGCCCUCUUCUUUUUUGGAGUAAAGUGA